AGUAAAGAAAAGAGACAAGUUUUUGAGGAGGAAGUUGAUUACACUGACUGCAUUAGUUUUAAGUCGGAGACGAGUAGGCUCGAGGGAAUCUGCCACUGUUGAGUUAGCAGCAUUUAAUGAAGUCUUUGAAAACUGCUCAAAAAUAAAGAUGCUUCAGAUUGGAUUCAAUCAAGAGAUUUCAUGCAGUCCAUUGAAAGUUCAGUGGGAAUGUUUAUCAAACAUGAAGAAGCUUGAAAGUUUAACCAAAUUGACCUUAGACAGCAUUCCUAUCACAAGUGGUGGUUUUCUAAUUGAGAUUGCUAAAGAGUGCACUAAAUUAGAAUUCCUUCGCCUGAAGCGGUUGGGGCCUUCUGGAAAGUGUGUUUAUACAGCCCAGCUAGCAGAGGCUUUACCUUUCUGCAAGAACUUGGUUCAUCUAAGAGUUGAACAAAACUACUUGGCACCAGGAACAAACAUAUUCAAAGCAUUGGAGGAAUGCCCAAAGCUUCAGAGAUUUGCACUUUUGUCUGAAAAAGAUGUGAUGGCUUUAAAUUUAGAUGCUGUUGAGCAUCUUAUUCAGAACCACUUGAGUCUUAUCUUUGUAUUCAUCCUGGGAGGCAUGUUGACAAGAGACAAGAGCGUAAAACUUAUGAGGAAAUAUAAGAAUUUAGAGUCCCGUCCAGCCCUCAUCGUACGUGUCAAAAAUAUUUUGAGAGAUGUUUUUGAUGAUAAAAAUCAAGAUAACCAUUCAAUGCCGGCUUGCCACUUCAAUGAGAUGAUCAUGUUUCGGAGUUGGAUGUAUGAAUUUUAUGAUACUGAUUAAGUGGUCCAAAAAUAAAUAUAUUUUCCUAUUUUU